UUCUCAUUUGUAUCGUCUUAGCUACAAUUAUUGUGCGCGCCUCUUUUUUUUUCUCCCACUUUCCUGCUAUACAGUCGCACUAGCUCUGCUCUGAUUACUUUGGACUUCCCAUACUAAAGUCGAGCUUUGUCUCGACUCUUAUCCCCUAGGAGGUCACUCACCUUACAUCCCUUAGAUUCAUGCAGAUUCACUGUGCUGUGUUGAAUUAAAGGCGGAACUGCCCACCAUGAUUCCCCGAAUGGUGACCUCUAAUGAGGUCUACAUUCUACCUCUAAAAGACAAUGGCGCUCCUGAUGUCCCUGGCGAAUACAUAUACCUAGCUCCCAAGUCUAACGAUCCCUUAACCAUACGAUUCACUAUUGAGGGUACUUCGUCCAUAUGUCGUCAGGGAAGUCUAUGGGUCAACAUACCAGAUCGAGGGUCUGAGUUUCAUAGAGACCAGUUCCGCGAGUACAAGCUAAACCCCGACUUCAAUCGAACCAUAGAAAUCUCAAUCCCCAUCUAUGAAGCAGGCGCUUUCGCCUUUUAUACUACCUACGCUGAACUACCUGAGUUGUCUUCUACCUUGAAUUCCAACAAAUCGGACUCAGUUGGCCCUAAAAAGACGCCGCUGUAUUACAUCGAUGUUGCUCCCCGAUUAUCACUCGAUGGUCGCCCGUUACCAUUACCGGCCCUAUCGAUAUUCUCAGUCAUAAGCAAAUUUAUGGGCAAAUACCCGAAUGAUUGGGAGAAACAUCUAAGAGGAAUAAGUGGUCGCGGAUAUAAUAUGAUACAUUUCACACCUCUUCAAAUCCGCGGUGCAUCCAAUUCUCCAUAUAGUCUGUAUGAUCAGCUUGGCUGGGAUCCGGAAUGCUUCCCUGAAGGCGAGAAAGAUGUACAACAGAUGGUGGAUAGUCUGGAACACAACCACUCUCUUCUCAGUUUGACCGACAUAGUCCUCAAUCACACCGCAAACAACAGCAAAUGGCUGCUAGAACAUCCUGAGGCUGGAUAUAAUCUCAAUACCGCGCCUUGGCUAGAGUCUGCUUACGUUCUCGAUACCCAACUUCUGGUCUUCGGUUCCAAGCUGGAGGAGUUGGGAUAUCCUAAAGAGCUCCAAUCUACGGAUGACCUUAUCACCGUUAUGGAUGGCAUUAAAAAGCACGUUGUUUCUGAAAUUCGCUUAUGGGAAUACUACGCACUUGAUGUCGACAGAGAUGUAGACGCCGCAAUUGAAUCCUGGGCUGUCGGACAGCUUCAUGUUCCUGAGGGAUCUGUCCGUGGCGAUCUCGAUAAGCUUAGAGAUGACACCGUUAAAGGCCAAGCUGCAUACCUAAUUCAGAAUGGCCUAAUUGGGAACGAUUGGCUUGGUGCACGCUUCCGACGACGAAUUGAUCCCAAAGUCUCAGCUGCUUUGGUCGCUGCUUUGUUCGGAAAAUACAGAGGCGAAGCAGAUGAGACCGCCAUUCGUUCUAAAUUAGUCCAGAUUUUGGAUGUGGUCAAUGUUCCAUUUUACGAAGAGUAUGACAAAGAGAUUGGAGAAAUCUUGCAGCAAUUAUUCAAUAGGAUUAAGUACGUGCGCCUUGACGAUCAUGGCCCAAAACUUGGACCAAUUGACCAAAAGAAUCCUCUAAUCGAAACGUACUUCACUCGCCUGAAUAAAGAAGAGGCAUCCGGUCAUCUAAAGCCUGAAGACUUGGUUCUUGUUAAUAACGGAUGGGUAUGGGCUGGCAAUGCUUUGGUGGAUAAUGCUGGUCCCCAAUCGCGAGUGUAUUUGCGACGCGAAGUCAUUGUCUGGGGUGAUUGCGUCAAACUUCGCUAUGGAAGUGGCCCUAAGGACAGUCCGUGGUUGUGGGAGCACAUGACGAAAUAUGCCCGGAUGUUGGCAAAAUAUUUUGCUGGUUUCCGGAUAGAUAAUUGUCAUUCCACACCCCUCCAUGUUGCUGAACACAUCCUCGAUGAGGCCCGCCGCGUCCGGCCUAACCUAUAUGUCGUCGCAGAACUGUUUACAGGUUCAGAGGAGAUGGACUAUGUCUUUGUAAAGAGACUUGGUCUGAGCUCGUUAAUCCGAGAAGCUAUGCAAGCUUGGAGCACGGCGGAGCUAAGCAGAUUGGUGCAUCGUCACGGUGGACGUCCCAUUGGUAGCUUCGAGGUAGAUGAGAUUUCGAGGCCGAACUUCGGGAGCGCUCCUACGAGUCCUGGAGUAAACGGCUAUUCUGAACGAGAGCUUGUUCGAAAAAUCAAGCCUGUACCUGUGCAGGCCCUGUUCAUGGACUGCACGCACGACAAUGAGGUUCCGGCACAGAAAAGAGAUGCUCGGGAUACAUUACCAAAUGCUGCAUUGGUAUGCAUGUGUGCCAGUGCAACAGGAAGCGUUAUGGGGUAUGAUGAGAUAUACCCUAAACUUGUCGACCUUGUGAAUGAGACUAGACUAUAUACGUCCGAAUCUUCUUCCGUUAAGGAAAUCAAGGUCGGUGAUGGCAAGGGUGGUAUUGGCGGCGUCAAGAAGCUUCUCAAUCAGAUCCACACGUUAAUGGGGAAGGAUGGCUAUGAUGAAACGCAUAUUCAUCACGAAGAUCAGUAUAUCACAGUCCACAGAGUACAUCCCGAAUCAAGAAAGGGAUACUUCCUUAUUGCUCACACCGCCUACCCUGGCUAUGGAAAUGGCAAUGGUGCAUUUAGUGCCGUGCGCCUUGGCGGUACAAAAGCGCGACACCUAGGAAGUUGGAUGUUGGAAGUCGACGUGAGUGACGAAGCUAAGCGAGAUGUCGAGAACGAUAAGAAAUAUCUACGAGGUCUUCCUAGUCGCGUGGUCGAUGUACCUGGUAUUCGAUUAGAGGUCAAGUCGGAUGAGACAGUUAUCACGGUGCGUGAUAAGUUUCCGCCUGGAAGUAUCGCCCUAUUUGAAACCUGGAUUCCGGCCGCAGAACACUCAUCGGGAUUGGAUACCUACGUUACAUCUGGAGCUAAGGAAGUUAUGGCUGGAUUAGAUUUAGUUGACCUCAAUUUCCUACUAUAUCGUUGCGAAGCUGAGGAACGUGAUGGCAGUGCCGGUAGAGAUGGCACUUAUGAUAUCCCAGGCCAUGGCAAGAUUGUUUACGCCGGGCUUCAGGGUUGGUGGAGUCUUCUGAAGGAUAUCAUAAAUGACAACAAUUUGGCCCACCCUCUUUGCCAAAACCUCCGCGACGGCCAAUGGGCUCUGGAUUAUACUGUUGGGCGCCUCGAAAGAGCUAGUCAGGAACCAAGCUUUACUGGUCUUGCAAAACCUGCGGCUUGGCUGAAGGAACGUUUCGAUGCUAUUCGCAGUAUUCCUAAUUUCCUCUUGCCACGCUAUUUUGCUCUUGUCCUGCGGACAGCGUAUAAGGCUGCCUGGGAGAGGGGUCUUGAGCUUAUGCACGAGAAGGUACAAAGUGGACAGUGGUUCCUCCAAAGCCUAGCUAUGACCAGUGUACAAAUGACCGGCUUUGUUAAAUCUGGAUCGCUAUGGCCGAAAAAGCUUGUUCCAUCGUUGGCCGCAGGAUUGCCACAUUUCGCUGUGGAAUGGGCAAGGUGUUGGGGUCGCGAUGUCUUCAUCUCUCUCCGUGGUUUGUAUCUCGGCACUGGCCGAUUCGAUGAGGCUGCAGAGCACAUCUUCGCAUUUGCUAGUGUCCUCAAGCAUGGCAUGAUUCCCAACCUACUUAGUAGCGGAAACCUCCCACGAUACAACAGUCGAGAUUCUAUUUGGUUCUUUUUACAAACCAUUCAAGAUUAUACUCGAUAUGCACCCGAUGGGCUGAGCCUUCUUACAAGGAAAGUCAAACGACGCUUCUUGCCGUACGAUGACACUUGGUUCGACUCUGAAGAUCCAAGAGCAUAUUCUACGGAAAGUCUAAUCCAAGAAGUCAUCCAGGAAGCACUCCAACGCCAUGCAUCUGGAUUGAAGUUCCGUGAGGCCAAUGCUGGACCGAGCAUCGACUCACAGAUGCGUGACGAGGGCUUCAAUAUCGAGGUUAACGUCGAUUGGUCGAAUGGUAUUAUUUUUGGUGGUAAUCAGUUCAACUGCGGUACAUGGAUGGAUAAGAUGGGCGAAAGUGAGCGUGCUGGCUCAAAGGGUAUUCCGGGCACGCCUCGCGAUGGCGCCGCUAUCGAAAUCACCGGUCUACUCUAUAGCACCCUUAAAUGGCUUGCGAAGCUCAGCGCUGAUGGCCAUUACCCAUACAAUGGCGUAAAGAAAUCUGACGGUUCCGAGAUUACCUUUUCUGCCUGGGCGGAUCUGCUGAAAUCCAAAUUCGAGUAUAGCUACUAUGUGCCGACCAAUCCAUCGGAGGAUGCUCAAUAUGCCGUGAACUCGACCAUUGUCAACCGCCGCGGUAUUUACAAGGACUUGUUCCGUUCUGGAAAGGAAUACGAGGACUACCAGCUGCGACCCAACUUCGCGAUCGCGAUGACGGUUGCACCAGAGCUCUUUGACACGGAUCACGCGAUAGGAGCGCUCGCUAUAGCGGAUAAAGCACUACGCGGGCCGACGGGCAUGGCAACACUAGACCCGGCCGAUCUUAACUAUCGCCCGUACUACGUGAACAGCGAAGACUCAACCGACUUCGCCACAUCCAAGGGCCGCAACUACCACCAAGGUCCUGAAUGGCUCUGGCCUACCGGUUUCUUUCUUCGCGCCUUACUGAAAUUCGAUCUUUCCCGCCGCGGAUCGAAUGAUCCGCAAGGUCGCGUUGAGGCGUUCCAACAAGUCACGCGCCGUCUCGCCGGGUGCAAGGAUUUGAUUCGCCAGAGCCCGUGGGCUGGGCUCGCGGAGCUGACGCAGAAGAGUGGUGAAUUUUGUGGUGAUUCGAGUCCCACCCAGGCUUGGAGCGCGAGUUGUUUGAUUGAUUUGUAUAUGGAUGCUGCCGAGUAUGGUAUGGAGUGAGGGCUUGAGGGGGUGCGUAUAUUACGAUGGGGUUGGUUGGGUAUCCUGGAUAGGUGAAGGAGGGACGUUGGAUAGGGUGUGGGGAGUAAUGAAGUAGAUACUACGAGGAGGUUGGAAAAGCAUCAUUUUGGGUUUACUAUCACGAAUUCAUAUAUCAAAGUCAAGGAUUGCAUCGCAUCGCAACGCAACGCAUAAUAAGCGCCUAGCUAGGAGAUUUUUACUCGCAUAUACGUCGAGGGAUAGACGGUAUUUUGUUCAUAAAUUAACGAAAGUCACGUAAAUAAAUACACGAAUACGAAGUAUGAUUACGGAAAUUUUUAGGUGGUGUUCUUGGUAUUGAGUGCUAGUUCACGUGCUUAUUC